AUGGCGAGUGGCUUGGAGAUUUGCCUCGGAGCCAGUGGCGAUCCGAGUCCAGGGCCAUCCGAGCAUUCCCAGGGCUCGGGGAGUCCGGACCCACUCCUGGAGAGUUGCAUCGUGAUCCUGGCCAGCAUGCGAGCCGCUUCACCCAACAUCUUGCGAGGGAUCCGCGUGCACCGGGUCUUACAAGACAUGCCACGCAAGUGUGCACAUCACGAGCCCUCAGCGCUGUAUGGUCUCAGCGAGGUCACACCUGAGCUGGAUGAGUUUUGGUCGCACAGCUGGAAAACUGGGCCUGUGCUGAAGUAUCUCAACGUUCUCUUCCUGAACAGCGGUCUCCCGGCGUUUGUGCUGGGCACACUCUGUGCCCUUCUGGCCUUUGCCCUCCUGCUCGCAGGGGUGAUACCUGUACAGGGCGACACAACCGUGUGGUGCACUGCCUCUGGCAUCCUGGGCUACUACUUGACAUUGCUGCUUUGGCGGUCCAGGAAGCUGGUUUUUCUGGACAUUGCCUGCAUUCACCAGACGGACGACACCCUGAAAUCGAUGAGUCUGAUCAGCGUUGGCGCGUUCUUGAAGAAUUCCAAGUCGCUGCUGAUCCUCUGGGAUUCGACGUUCGUGACGAGAUUGUGGUGCAUGUUCGAGGUGGCCGGCUUUCUGCACAGCAAAGGGCAUGGCAAGGACCUGCCCCUUGUGAUUUGCCCAGUUUUCACGGGUCCUGUGCUUGUGCUGGCCCACCUGAGUCUCAGCGCGCUCCUCAUGCUCUUCUUGUGGCUGCACAGUGCCAGGGUUCUGCUACUCUUUCCAUGGGGCGGGCUCUUCAUCUGCACCAUGCUGUUCCCAUCCUUGAUGCUUGUGGCUUAUGUGGUACUUGCACACUGCCGCAGUAUCGACGUGAUGCAGAUACAGGUCGGCGACUUCACUGUUGAGCAGUCCUUGAGUGAUUGCUGUUCUCGGGACCACGUGAGCGUCAAGGGUGGGCCAAUGGCCUGCGACCGCGUUAUUCUCAUACGUUGCAUCGAAGCGUGGUUCGGGUCUGUGGAUGCUUUCGAGUCCCUGGUCAGAACAGAGGUGCUGAACAUGUUGGUGCACCAGCUGUCUUACCAUGUCUUUACUUACUGGCGCAUUGUGCAAGCGUCAUGCCCCGUGUUGUGGGCCGUGCUCGACCUCAUGCACAUGAACUACCCAGAUAGGAUCAGGGGACUGGUGCAAUUGCUAUGUGCGGCUGUAUCGUAUUGUCUCUUGCUUUUGCCCAGCUUGGCAUUGAUUCUGAUCCGCCUGGCCUACAGAAUGCGCCGCCUCGGGAAUAGCUUGGGCACGCGGCUGCUGAUCUCUGUGGGACUCGUAGCUUCAGCAUCGCUGAUGUUUGGGAGCUUCUUUGUCUUUGACAGGCAAGCAGCAGCUGUUGCGAGGUACCUGUUCGAUGGGAAUGAUUUGCCUGGGUACUUGGCGGUUUUGGCAAUCACCAGUGCUGCCACCUUCGCGUUGAGAAGGCGGACCUCAAGCUGGCUGCCGUGA